AUGGCGGACGCAGAAGAUCCAUUUGAAUCUCUUUUAUUUUUAGAGGAAAACUGCCAUAAAGAUGGCUAUAAUGAAGGAUGGAUCGUAGGUCAAGGGAAAGGUCUUUCAGUUGGACGAGGUCUUGGUAUUGAUAAAGGCAAAGAAAUUGGCUCUGAGAUUGGUUAUUAUUCUGGAUUCGUUUCAACUUGGCUUCUUCUCAUAGACAAGUCUGACAAGAAGGGUGCAAGGGUUAAUACUCAGCUUCAAAACCUGAACUCCUUAAUCGACCAGCUGUCAAUCACAGAUCCCACUGAUGAAAAUCUCUUUGCUAAUAUUGAGAAAGUGAGAGCCAAGUUUAAGAAGAUCAUCUCUCUCCUUGGAGUCAGCCCUGAGGGUAGAACUCAAGAAACAGAGAUGCUUUCUUUUUGA